AUGAAUUUGACGCUUCUAACCUGGAAUGCACGAGGCAUUUCCUCAUCAGCGGCUUGUAUUGGACACUUGUUGUCCAUGCCAGAGUAUCAAAGUGACAUUGUUAUUCUUUCCGAGGCAAAUUUAUGUGCGGCAAAUGUAGAUAUUUUAGACAGAAUUCAUGAGCGAUACUAUGGGAUCCCCAGAACGAGUAAUGACGUCAGUCCUGAGUUAUUACGUCAUAAAGUUGUAGCUUUGAUAAAGAAAGACUUAUUCUACAGUGUUUCUAUCCCGGAUAACGUUUCCACCGAUAGACUUAUAGCAGUACAGUUACAUACCGAUGAUACUGAAGUGAUCACCAUACUAGGCGUUUAUAUGCCAAGUAAUAACAAUCUACAGGAGUACGACCUAAUACUUCAACAACUUCGUGACGCAUAUAGCUAUUAUUCGCGUUCGGGAAAAGUGAUUCUCUGUGGCGAUUUUAACGCCAGGAUAAAUGAAAAUCCUCAUUAUCCCGUAUUAAAACACAAGUCUUCAGCAAUUAAGGAGGUAAUUGCAGAUCUUAAUUUAAUUCCAUUAAACUUUCUUAGUAGCUGUAAAGGAUAUCGAUACACUUUCGUGCCCUCUCAAACAACGCUAGACUACAUACUCACCGACAAAACUUUUGCCUAUAACUAUGUGAAUUAUUGUGAAAUAUUCUCUACACCAGAAUCGGAUAUAUCGUCGGAUCAUCUCCCGAUUAUUUGCACAUUUAACAUGCCAAUAAAACGAUAUUGGUCAAGUAGAACACCUCUAUCAUGUGACUCUCGAGCCUGGAAUAAAGCCACUAUUAAUGACCUAAUUAAUUAUCAGUUAGAACUAACGGAUACACUUAAUGGACUUCUUGAUAUGUCACUGGACACGCAAUAUGACAUUGAUACUUACGCUGAAAUUAUGACUCUAUCGGCGAUUAUCUCAGCAAAUAAUAGGAUUCUCAUGAAAAAUCAUAAUCUACAUCUUAAACCAUACUGGUCUCCUGAGGUUAAGUCUGCUCAUAAAAACGCUUUGCGAAAACGUGCGCUGUGUAUCAGUGAGGGGCGUCCGCGCGGUAUGCAACAUCCGAGCUACAAAUCUUAUAAGGACGCGAAGAAAGUAUUUAAAGAAGUACAUGAACACGCAUACGACGCGUUUUUACUUGAAUGUCAACAAGAACUGGAACGCACAGCGGAAGCUGAUAUUCGUCUAUUCUGGAAAGUUAUCAGAAGACGCAAAUCCGUAAAAAACCGAUCCGUGCUCCGAGUUAGUUUAUAA